ACCACCCCCAUAGGGGGCGGGGCCUCAAGGCUCAGCGCUCGAACUGGCUCCAGAGCCAUGAGUUGGGAGUGCAAGAGCGGAAGAAACGCGGCUGGUACCCCGGAAGCAGUCGCUGCAACUUCCGGGAGGUGCUUGUGUGCCUUGUGCGGGAGCUACGGGGCCCAGGGAUUGUGUUUGAAGUAGUGCUUCUACUAACAUGUCCCGUGGUUCCAGCGCCGGUUUUGACCGCCACAUUACCAUUUUUUCACCCGAGGGUCGGCUCUACCAAGUAGAAUAUGCUUUUAAGGCUAUUAACCAGGGUGGCCUUACAUCAGUAGCUGUCAGAGGGAAAGACUGUGCAGUAAUUGUCACACAGAAGAAAGUACCUGACAAAUUAUUGGAUUCCAGCACAGUGACUCACUUAUUCAAGAUAACUGAAAACAUUGGUUGUGUGAUGACCGGAAUGACAGCUGACAGCAGAUCCCAGGUACAGAGGGCACGCUAUGAGGCAGCUAACUGGAAAUACAAGUAUGGCUAUGAGAUUCCUGUGGACAUGCUGUGUAAAAGAAUUGCCGAUAUUUCUCAGGUCUACACACAGAAUGCUGAAAUGAGGCCUCUUGGUUGUUGUAUGAUUUUAAUUGGUAUAGAUGAAGAGCAAGGCCCUCAGGUAUAUAAGUGUGAUCCUGCAGGUUACUACUGUGGGUUUAAAGCCACUGCAGCAGGAGUUAAACAAACUGAGUCAACCAGCUUCCUUGAAAAAAAAGUGAAGAAGAAAUUUGAUUGGACAUUUGAACAGACAGUGGAAACUGCAAUUACAUGCCUGUCUACUGUUCUAUCAAUUGAUUUCAAACCUUCAGAAAUAGAAGUUGGAGUAGUGACAGUUGAAAAUCCUAAAUUCAGGAUUCUUACAGAAGCAGAGAUUGAUGCUCACCUUGUUGCUCUAGCAGAGAGAGACUAAAACAUUGUUGUUAGUUUACCAGAUCCGUGAUGCCACUUACCUGUGUGUUUCGUAACAACAAACCAACAUUAUGGAGGUCCCUGGAUUGAAAAAGGAGCCUCUCCCACUCCUCCUACCACCGAAGUGGUUAGGACUCUAUAUAAAUAAAAAUAAGGCUUUUGGAAAAUAA